AAGUGAUCUCUGCCAAGUGGUCAUCAUGAAUUGUCUCGAUUAUUAUUUGAUUUGAUGGGGCUGACUGCCUUUAAAAUAUUUGAAUAACUGAUGAAUUCAUAAACAUAAAAAAAUGGAGAAAGGAAGCCGCUCUGUUUCUUUGGACAAAAACCAUGGAUUUAUGAAGUUUAUAAUAAAAAAUCAGAUUGAUAGAGAUAUUUUUGACAAGGAACAAAGACAAAAGGAGCAGUUGAAAUGUACUGAACAUAAGGAAGAUUCACUUGCCACCAAAGAAGAACUAACUGUCGAAGUUCUAAAAAAGUUUUCACAAAUGUCGUCAACAGAUGUCAAAGAUGAACCAUUAUUUAAUUUGGAAUUCCUUACAAAACAUGGAAAUAUUGUGCAAGUAAAGGUAAAUCAGAAUGAUUCGGCGCAAAGUGUUGUUGAAAAUGUAACUGAAAAAUAUCAUUUGGGAGAUCAAGUUAAAGGUGCGUUGCUGCGAAGAGUUUCUGAAGAAAUAAAAAAGCGAAGACCACAAGGAGAAUGAAUUUUAAUAGUAUGGAAUUUACUUUUGAUGUGUGCAUAUUUUUCACACGACCAACAGAAAGUUAACGCAAACGCUAUAAAGCGAAGAUAUGGGGUUAGUAAGUUUUGCGGUAAUAAUUUUUUACCAAAUAUUUGCCCUGAAAAAUAAAAUGUUUAUGUUACGGGUAAAAAUUCGCCACGUAUUCCGAUUUAUUAAAGAACGAGGCAGCUUUUUUAAUAUCCAUUGUAACCUGCUAGCGUAAAAAAAAUUACUUUUAAUCCUGUUUUUUGCGCGACAAAUCACAAAAAUUUGCGCUCGCAAAGUUAAGAAAAAACAAACUGUAUAUAUAGUAAAUAAUAUUUUUAUAUAUACCAUAUAUGUUGGAGGAAAGAUUAUACUACCUUUAGGAACAUUUAAAAUAUUUAUCAUAUUGUGAAUUUGACAUGUAUCAUACCUUAUGAGCGUUGCCGUAUUUAUUUAAAUUUUAGUUGUAUUAACUAGUAAUUCUUAAUGUUAACCUAUAUAUUUAUAAACAAAGUUUUAUACAUACAAAAUACAGUUUAUUUAUAUUCAAA